CGGGAAGGUGGGGGUUCAAGGACGCUUUCACUUUUUAGCGCGCGGGUGGGGUGUGCUUUUCUUUCCCAUUUAUCUUUCUGAGCUGAAGACAAAUGGCUGGGCUGGUCAACUUCGAAGAUGAAGAGGAGGUGAAAGUUUAUUUGGAAAAUCUGGGAAUAGAAUAUAGUUUCCAGUGCUACAAGGAACACGAUCCUGACGGGUGCCAUCGUCUAGCUGAUUAUCUAGCUGGAGUAAAAGCUAACUUUGAAGGAGCUGCAAAAGUUCUAAAGAAGAAUUGUGAGAAUAAUCUGCACAGUGAGAGCUGCUACAAACUUGGAACUUACUAUUUGACUGGAAAAGGUGGGCUUCCAAGAGAUGUGAAAACUGCUUACAAAUGUUUUUUAAAAUCUUGUGAAAAAGGUGGGAAGAAAUCCAUCAAAGCUUGUCACAGUGCUGGAUUACUGUUACAAGAUGGACAAGGAAAUGAUGAUGAGAAGCCCAAUGUCCCUCUAGCCAGGGACUAUUAUAGUAAAGCUUGUGACAGUAAUUUUGCCCCCAGCUGUUUCAACAUAAGUACUAUUUACCUUCAAGGAGCCCCUGGGAUACCAAAGGAUAUGAGUCAAGCACUGCAGUAUUCUCUGAAAGCAUGUGACUUAGGACACAUGUGGGCAUGUGCCAAUGCUAGCCGAAUGUACAAACUGGGGGAUGGAGUUGAGAAGAAUGAUGCCAAGGCAGAAACCUUAAAGAACAGAGCAGAAGCCUUACACAAAGAACAGAACACAGCUGUAAAUACUUUAACAUUUGGUCAGUAAGCCCAUACCAGUAAUCUACAGUUUUUUUGAAGAAGUGUAUUUGGUUAAAUAGGGCAGAUAUUUAAUCUCUAAAUCUAUUCUCUUGAAUGCGCAAAAGAUGUAAGUUCUUAAAAUGUAACUUUGUAUAAUUUAUUCCUUAAUGCAAUAAAAAUAUCUGAACUUUA